AUGCCUAAGGAAAAGACCACCAAGCGCGCUACCAAGGCCCGCACCGAGAAGAAGAAGAAGGAUCCCAACGCGCCCAAGCGUGGUCUCUCUGCCUACAUGUUCUUCGCCAACGAGCAACGUGAGAAUGUUCGUGACGAGAACCCGGGUAUUAGCUUCGGCCAAGUUGGCAAGGUCCUCGGCGAGCGAUGGAAGGCAUUGAACGACAAGCAGCGUGCUCCAUAUGAGGCCAAGGCUGCUCAGGACAAGAAGCGCUAUGAGGAUGAAAAGGCGACCUACAACGUAAGUGCUGAA